AUCAUCCGGGUCAUUUAUACCAUUUAGCGCGCGGACUCUGGUGUUUUUACGAUAUUUUAUCAUAACAGAAGACGAUUAAUUCAUUGCGUUGUGUGUUUUUUCGUCAUUGCAAGUUUGAUAAAUCAACCCAGACACAAAAGUGAGCCGGCUUGUCUGGCUCUCCCGGGCGGGCGGGCGGGCGUUGUCAGCAGGAGCCAAGCCCACAGGAGGUGCAGUCCGCCCGCCCGCCGCUGCUCACACACAGCUAGCCAUGAGCUAACGAGCAGCUAGCUGACUCUUUUUUUAUUUUACCAUCACAAUUCCGCCUCUGCGUCGACUCUUCCGCCUCGGGAAUACUUGGGUGUACCGGAAUUUUCAUUUAGUCCUUUUCCACAGCUGGACAUUUUCUAAGGUCUUCACUUCCUCUGCUUCACGGCGUCAUGGCAGCUGCAAAACCAAAAGGCCAGAACUCUCUAGCUCUCCACAAAGUGAUCAUGGUGGGCAGUGGAGGAGUGGGGAAGUCUGCGCUGACCCUGCAGUUCAUGUACGAUGAGUUUGUGGAAGAUUACGAGCCCACUAAAGCAGACAGCUACAGGAAGAAAGUGGUGCUGGAUGGAGAGGAGGUGCAGAUCGACAUCCUUGAUACGGCCGGCCAAGAGGACUACGCAGCCAUCCGGGAUAAUUACUUCCGCAGCGGCGAAGGUUUCCUCUGCGUGUUUUCCAUCACAGAAUUGGAGUCCUUUGCAGCAACAGUAGACUUCAGGGAGCAGAUUCUGCGGGUGAAGGAGGACGAGAGCGUGCCCUUCCUCCUGGUCGGUAACAAGUCGGACCUGGACGACCGGCGGCAGGUCAGCGCCGAGGAGGCCAAGGCCCGCGCGGAGCAGUGGGGAGUCAGCUACGUGGAAACUUCUGCCAAAACCCGUGCCAACGUUGACAAGGUGUUUUUCGACCUGAUGAGAGAAAUCCGAGCGAGGAAAAUGGAGGACAGCAAAGAGAAGAACGGGAAGAAGAAAAGCAAAAGUUUGGCCAAAAGAAUCAGAGAGCGAUGCUGUAUUUUAUAGUGGUGUGAUGCUGAAGUACGCGCACAUUUCUCAGACGUUUGCAUUUAUUUUGUGCCCAAACCUGACCGUAACCUUGCGUUAGUGGCCGAGAGGACAUUUGACUGAGGGUCAGGCCGUAGAACGGUGGCGCUCCAUUCACCACUUAUAGCUCUAACUUUUUAUGUUCUGACACUCCAAAUACUUUAUCUUCCUUCUUCUCUCAACAACAGGGUCAUUAGAUGGAUGUUUUGUUUUUUACAUUUAGGCUGAAGCUCAAUAAUAAGCCCUGACAAGCUUUUGUUGUAUAGUUUUGUGUGUGAAACAUCCUUAAAAAAACGUUGCAGUGCGCUUAGGCUGAGAAAGAGUUGAGAGCCCAGGUUUCAAGAGGAAACAGAAAAGCCCCCGAUCCACGCUAACGCGACACCGUCUGCUUUAGAUGAGUAGACAGUUGGAGUUCAAGGACACGCUCAGUGUCACGGUGGAAAUGAAAUUCAAUGCCAUUCCUUCUUACUUUGCAAAUAUUCCAUGUGGAAGUUUUUAUUUUUUGUGUCUGUCUGUGAUCAACACAUGUAGAAAAGAGCACUAACGCUUCCAUUUCCUUCCCUCUUCUCCAGGUCUCCUCAAAUGCACAAAUAACCUUCACCCUUUAGGGAAUUUAAACAACAAAACACUUGAACUUUUCAGAUGUUUCUCAGCUUUUAGUUUAUUUCAUCUCAAAAUGUUAUUUCCUUUUCAGAAUAGAGGAAUCUCUGGUGCUCUGAUAAAAGGUGAUUCCGUAACACUAAACCUUUUACGCGCUGCACUCGUUCAUGUUUUCAACUCACUUUAAUCGCUGACUUUAAAUCCCACUUUUUUUUUUGUUUUUUGACAUUUAUUUUCAAAGAGUUGGAGUAUGCUUAAAAAAAAGAAAAAAAGUGAAGUGGUACCUGUUCAAAAACGAUGCUGUCGGUUACCAAAGAAAACAGCUAGCUAGUUCAAACAAGUGCCCGCUCACUAAUGUAAGUGUCUGAAAACCUGCCAUACAGAAAACGGAUUAUUAAAAAAACAAGAAGCACUACAAUGUCUGUGUGAGACCUCAAAGAUCAACUGGGUGUCAUGGAAAGCAAAAUAUUUAGCUCUGGACCGCCUGCGAGGAAAUGCAAGGUUAUGACGGCUUUAGUAACCCUGUGCAUUGCAUCACUGUUGCCUCUCUGUCCAUUGUGAAUGUGAAUAACGUCCGCUCUCUCUCUCGUCCCGUUUGCCCCCUAAUCCGACGGCUCGUUCGUGCGUUCUGCGUCUGUCGGUGUGGCUCAUCUGAGGCGGUCAAAGGGCAAAGAAAAAAACCCCGAUUCUAUAUAAAUGAGCAAAGAGGAAGUGAUCUUGGAGCACAGAUGCAGAUGGUUCGUGUUUUUAAAAGUCUAAUGUUCUUCCCUUUCGACUAUUCCUUUGCAGCUUGUGUUAGCGUGGUGGAAUCUAGGAUUUCAGGCCACUCUCACCAAACUCAAAGAGUAGCAGUCAUGUGAUUCAAGCUUUUACAAAUGGUUUUUCAUUUUAAAAGAUCUAAUUUUUUUGGUUUAUUUGGGUGUCAAUCCAUUAGGCGCCCCCUGCAGGCCGUUGCCACUCUGCCUCCACUCUGUUUAAACUGAGAGUAAGUCUAUGCAAAAAAAAUAAAAUAAUAAUAAUGAUGUUGCUUGAUUUGCAAAGAAGGAACCUGAAACUGAAGUUGGUCUCCAUAAACUACCUUACAAAGCUGGAGUGUUUUGGAUGCACUUCAGCUCCAAUGACGAAGGAUGGCGUGAUGCGGCGUUGCCCAGAGGCUCUUGAAAUCAAUCUUUUUACUAUUAAUGUUCUUGUGUUCGUCCAUCGUCUCACUAGUUGGUGAAACAGAGGAAUGCUUGUGGAGUUAAGAGCACACAGAGGAGUUAGUUGGAUGUGAACCUUAGGGAGCGUCUUAAAGUGACCGGCACGGACGGAUUUAACUCGUCACGGGAACUAGCAUCGUGCUUGCUUAUCGUACUAUCAGCCUAACACACUCGUCUACUUUUAAGUGGAAAAUCAGAACUAUUUUUUAUUUUAUGCAUAAUUGUAUUGACUUUAUGGCCCAAAAUGUUCAACAUGAUGCAAAAUAAAAUGUUUGUGUGAACGCUAUGAGCAAACUGUCCCACUGGGUAUUCAAAUACCUUCGGUUUGCCUUUUAUAUAAAUACCUGUAAAUGAAAAAGAAAUAUGGAUGUCUUUUGGCUGGAUGGUUGUAUGUAUGCCACCAGUUUAAUGUUUCCUUCAUGUUUACUUUCUUUUUGUUUUGUUUUUUUGAGCGUAACCACUAAUGUAGCCUUUUUGUGAAUGCAAGAGGUGAAGCUUACAUUUCAAUUCAUAUUCUGUGAGUUCUUUGAAAGUGGCUAAUAAAAUGGAUAUUACUAAUAUCUUC